GUUUGCCCGGACACGUGUUGCUGCUGGGGUAAGGGUGCCCGGCGUUUGAAUGUCCCCAAAGCUACCGGCUGAGCCUGCGUCCAUCUCAGAGCCCCUCGGUCUCCCCCUCCUGCCAGACCCUGAAGGCUGAGUAGCCAGCGGGAUGCCAGGUCUGCUGAACCAGAUCACAGGGGCAGCCCUGCCCCUCACGGCAUCUGAUGUCACCUCCUUCGUCAGUGGUUAUGCCCUGGGUCUGACCGCCUCCCUCACCUAUGGCAACCUGGAGGCCCAGCCCUUCCAGGGCCUGUUCGUGUACCCACUGGAUGAGUACACCACGGUGAUCGGCUUUGAGGCGAUCAUUGCUGACCGGGUCGUCACGGUACAGAUUAAAGACAAAGCCAAGAUGGAGAGCGGUCACUUCAGUGCUAACCGCAUGCGAGCGGCAACUGUCACAGGGAACAUCCUACAGGAGGGGGUCUCCAUCAUCCCUCAUGCCUACACACUGGGAAAGCUGGCUUUGGACGAGGACUUGGAGCGGAUCCUGUUCGUGGUCAACCUGGGGACCAUUGCCCCCAUGGAGAACGUCACCGUCUUCAUCAGCACCUCCUCAGAGCUGCCGACACUGCCCAGCGGGGCUGUGCGGGUCCGGCUGCCUGCUGUCUGUGCCCCAACUGUGCCCCAGUUCUGCACUGAGAGCCCUGGCCCCUCCAAUCAACAGGCCCAAGGCAAAGACAGGCAUUGCUUCGGCACCCGGGCCCUGGACUCCUGGAACAAGUUGUGCCUGGCGACUCUUCUGGACACCGAUGUGUCCAACCCCAUGGAAUACGAGUUCAACUUCCAGCUGGAGAUCCGUGGGCCAUGCCUGCUCGCAGGUGUGGAGAGUCCUACCCAUGAGAUCCGAGCUGACGCCGCCCCGUCCGCGUGCUCGGCCAAGAGCAUCAUUAUUACUUUGGCCAACAGGCACACCUUCGACCGGCCGGUGGAGAUCCUCAUCCACCCCAGCGAGCCCCACAUGCCACAUGUUCUUAUGGAGAAAGGGGACAUGACCCUGGGAGAGUUUGACCAGCACCUGAAAGGAAGAACAGAUUUCAUUAAAGGGAUGAAGAAGGACAGCAGUGCAGAGCGAAAGACAGAAAUCAUCCGGAAACGUCUCCACAAGGACAUUCCCCACCAUUCUGUCAUCAUGCUCAACUUCUGCCCUGACCUCCAGUCAGUGCAGCCGAACCUAAGAAAGACCCAUGGGGAGUUCAUCUUCCUCAUCGACAGGAGUGGCAGCAUGAGUGGGACCAACAUCCACCGAGUCAAGGAUGCUAUGGUGGUGGCUCUUAAGAGCCUCAUGCCAGCCUGCCUCUUCAAUGUCAUUGGGUUCGGAUCCACAUUUAAGACCCUCUUCCCUUCCAGUCAGACCUACAGUGAGGAGACCUUGGCCAUGGCCUGUGAUAACAUUCAGAGAAUGCGGGCUGACAUGGGUGGCACCAACAUCUUGUCCCCGCUCAAGUGGAUCGUGCGACAGCCAGUGCACCAAGGCCACCCGCGGCUCCUCUUCCUGAUCACAGACGGGUCCGUCAGCAACACCGGGAAGGUGCUGGAGCUGGUGCGAAACCACGCCUUCUCCACCAGGUGCUAUAGCUUUGGAAUCGGACCCAACGUCUGCCACAGGCUGGUGAAAGGGCUGGCAAAUGUGUCCAAGGGCAGUGCUGAGUUCCUGGUGGAGGGGGAGCGGCUGCAACCCAAGAUGGUCAAAUCCCUGAAAAAGGCCAUGGCCCCAGUCCUGAGUGAUGUGACUGUGGAGUGGGUCUUCCCUGAGACCACCGAAGUCCUGAUCUCACCGGUCAGCGCCAGCACCCUCUUCCCUGGAGAACGGCUGGUGGGGUAUGGCAUUGUGUGUGAUGCCUCCUUAUACAUCUCCAGUUCCAGAUCUGACAAGAAGAGACGCUGUAACAUGCUGCACUCUCAGGAGUCCAGUAGCUCUGUCUUCUACCAGUCACAGGAUGAGGGGCCCGGCCCAGGCAGUGGAGAUUGUGCCAAGAACUUGGGGACACCCCUCAACCAGAGGCAGGACAAAGAUGCCCAGCCAUCCAAGGGAGGCUCCACUACCAAUUCUGGCCUGGACCACUCCCAGCGACGUCGAGCAUAUAGCACCAACCAGAUCACCAACCACAAGCCCUACCCAAGGUCUACCACGGCUAGCGACCCCACCAUGGCCGCCAGGAGGUACCCACUGCGGAAAGUCAAGCUGCAGGACCUUACCAGCCAGACCAGCCUGGAUGCCCCGCAGUGGCAGAUUGAUUUUCAGCCCUUCCUGAGCAGGGGCCCGGACCUGAGCCAGGGCCCCAGACUCCGGGGCCCAGGGGCCCGCAGGCCUUCUCUGCUGCCCCAAGGGUGCCAGCGCUUCCUGCCCUACAGCCAGGAGACCCAGGUCUGGAGCCCCAUGAGAGAGCUGGAUCUUGGGUCCAGCCUGAAGCCUGCCUCAGACUCCCGCAGCCCUGGGGACCUGGAGCCGUCCCAUCACCCCUCGGCCUUCGAGAGCCAAACGUCUUCAGACUGGGAGACCCUGGCCGAGUCCGAGGAGCAGGCCAGUCCUGGCAGGCCCGCCACCCCAGACACCGUGCUGGGCAAGGCCGUGGUCAAGGGUCUGCGCGACAGCCAACGUCUGCAAUGGGAGGUGAGCUUUGAGCUGGGCCCCCCCGGCCCUGAGCGGAGCGGCGGGCGCGACGCCGACCUGUGGAGCGAGACCUUCCACCACCUGGCUGCCCGCGCCAUUAUCCGAGACUUCGAGCAGCUGGCGGAGCGCGAGGGGGAAAUCGAGCAAGGAUCCAGCCGCCGCUACCAGGCGAACGCCGUGCACACCAGCAAGGCCUGUAACAUCAUCAGCAAGUACACUGCCUAUGUGCCUGUGGACAUGAGCAGGAGCUGGUACCUGCCCACUGUGGUGGCAUACCCCAACUCCGGUGCUGCGUUGCGGAUGGUCAGCUCUCGGGUCCUGACCCGACAGUGGAAGGGUGCCUCUGCUGGCUUCGGACAGUCCCAGACCGUGCUUGGGGAAGACUCAGCAGCAGGAGAUGGCAAAUUUCAGAACCUAAAUGUGGCGGAAAGCCCCAGUGCGUUCUCCGGUGAGACCAUGUCCCCGGACUGUAAGAAGUACGCUGCUUACGAAGGUCCCCUGCACAGUCUGGCCACCAAUACCCUUUCUUCCUUGAAGGCCUCCGAGACCCUCUUUGGAUCCAGACUGAAUCUCAGAAAGUCCAGGCUACUGACUCGAGCGGCCAAGGGCUUCCUGAGCAAGCCUCUGACCAAGACUCCAGAGUCGAUGCCCGGGAGCCAGAGCUUCGACUACGUCCCCCUGGUAUCUCUGCAGCUGGCCUCCGGAGCCUUCCUGCUCAACCAAGCCUUCUGUGAGGCCAUCCACAUCCCCAUGGACAAGCUCAAGUGGACCUCGCCUUUCUCCUGCCACCGAGCGUCCCUCACCACCCGCCAGCCUGAGCCCGAGACCCCCUGCCCCCAGCUGUGCACCAGCCCCUCACCUCAGCACCCCUCCUGCGACACCUUCUCCCCGGAACCUCGGGCAGAGGGCAAGCCCAGCUGGGAGCUCGGGGCUGUGGUAGAACACACGGGGGAGCUGUGGGCCACCGUGGUGGCGCUGGCAUGGCUGGAGCACAGCUCGGCCUCCUACUUCGUUGAAUGGGAGCUUGUGGCUGCCAAGGCCAACUGGUGGCUGGAGCAGCAGGAAGUGCCCGAGGGCCGCACACGGGGCAUGCUCAAGGCUGCUGCCCUCCAGCUGUUUGUGCUCCUGCGACACUGGGACGAGAACCUGGAGUUCAAUAUGCUCUGCUAUAACCCCAAUUACGUGUAGUAGGGGAGGAGGAGGCUGAGGAGGGGAGGGGAAGGAGGGGACCAUUUGGGCCUGGUGGGGAGAAUUGUUGAAGCUGUAGC